AGUCACGUCACGUUUCUCCUCCCCUUUCGUCCUCCCAGCCCGGUGGUGAGUGGUAGGCAGAGAGAGAGGAGAGAGAGGGGGGACGAACCACACUAACAACUUCUCUAAUCAGCUACAUUUGGUGCUAAAAUUAUGGCUGCGGCAACAACUGACGGAACCGACCAAGAUUCCCCAUCAACUAGUGACCAUAACGGUACCGGGGACACUGGGGAAGACGGUGAGAAGACACAGGGCCUCCCAGACUCGAAACAGGAACCGGGUGACAACGAGAAUGGUGUAGAAAUGGACGUUAACGACGGGCGAGCCGGCGGAGAGGAGCACGAGAAACCGUCUCCAGAUUCCAACGUCUCUAAAGAAACGGUUUUGAGAAACGCAGAACGGGAAAUGGGCUGUAAACUCUCUGUACCGGGGAACAGUCCCGAGCAUGAGCGUCAACCGAGCAGCUCUGAUCCCGUGGAGAGCUCGAGGGGGCUGAAAGAAGAACAAAGAGAGGAGAGCGUGCCCUCGCCUCCCUCGAGCGUGCCCUCGCCUCCCAGCGACCUGAAGACUAGAGACGAUUCUACCGAGAAAAACGAUCACGGAAUCAAGAGACGGGCCAGUUUGGAGAUCUCGUCCUCGGAUGGGGAACCGCUGAGCCGAAUGGAUUCCGAGGACAGUAUCAGCAGCCCCCUGGUGGACCAGGAGAGCACCCUGUCCAGCGGGCGCUCCACCCCGGCCAUGAUGCACGGUGGAGCGGGGAUAUCUGGGGGCAGCAAGGGCUACGCCUGCCUCUGGGACGGCUGCUUGAGGGGCUUCCUCUCCAGCCCCGACCUGGCGGAGCACCUGAGGGCGGAGCACCUGAGGGCUGCCCACGGACACACCCACACAGGAGGGGUGUUUGUGUGUCUGUGGAAGGGCUGUAAAGUGUUCAACACCCCAUCCACCAGUCAGAGCUGGCUCCAGAGACACAUGCUGUCACACAGCGGAGACAAGCCCUUCAAGUGUGUGGUGGGGGGCUGCAGUGCCACCUUUGCCUCCCAGGGGGGGCUAGCGCGCCAUGUGCCCACUCACUUCAGCGCCCAGAGUUCCAAGCUGGCCAAUCAGAGCAGGGGGAAGGAGGAAUCUCCCUCUAAGGCGGGGCUUAACAAGAGGAGGAAGCUGAAGAACAAACGAAGGAGGUCCUUACUCUGCUCUCUCGCUCCAGCGCGCCCGCACGACUUCUUUGACGCCAUGACGAUGGACGCCAUCCGGCACCGUGCCAUCUGCCUGAACCUGGCCACACACAUCGAGAGCCAGGGACAGGGACACAGCCUGGUGUUCCACAGCACGGUGAUAGCCAGGAGGAAGGAGGACAGUGGCAAGGUGAAGGUUCUGCUGCACUGGACACCUGAGGACAUCCUGGCUGAUGUGUGGGUGAGUGAGAGCGAGCGUCCCCAGCAGAAGACCAAGGUGGUCCACCUGUCCCAGCUGCCCCCAGACACAGCUGUGCAGCUUGCCCCUAGCAUCUACAGGAUGUUCUUCUAGAGACAGGAAGUGCACGUGUCACGUCCUGCGGCCCUGCCAGGAGAGAACAUGAGCUGCAAUCCUUCACCCCUCCUUCCACCAUCUCUCCUUCCUCUCAGGGUUCAUGCCCUCAGGGGGGUUCACCCCUCCUUCCACCAUCUCUCCUUCCUCUCAGGGUUCAUGCCCUCAGGGGGGUCACAUUUCUCCUGGGGGACAGAUGUCAUUAGCUUGUCCACCAGCAUCCUGAUCUCUACGUAGAGAAAACUGUAAAUACUUCCUGAAGAUUUGUAAUAUAUUUUUAUACCUGCAGAUUUACCUGUAGAUAAGGUUGUAUUUUCUCUGCUCUACUGUGUUUUUAAUAUAGAUGUUUUAAAAGAUUGCAAUUGUACAUUGUGAUAGAAUUAUAGUUUUUGAAUGUUAAAAAAAAUGUCACAGCGCCUGUGUACCAUCAGAUGAUGAUGAUGGUGAAGAAGGCCAGUAUUCUGGUCUUUCUGUGUGUGUGCAGGAAGUGUCAGAAAUAGGGGUUCCAGAGCUGAGUGUGUGUUCUAGACCAGCAUGUUGUAACAGGAUGGACUGUACUGCAGAGCUGUGUGUGUGUGUACUAGUUUAUUAACAUUAACUUGACUUUUUAAUAAAACAGAAAACCGUGUUGAAGAUAAUGGUGGUUGUGUCA